AUGUUAGAGAAAAUAGUUUAUAACCAACUCCUCAAUUUUCUGAAUGACAACAAAAUAAUCACAAAACGCCAAUCUGGCUUCCGUAAAUAUCACUCUACUGAAACUGCUCUCUUGCAAACAACCAAUAAAUAUUUAAUGAAUAUGGAUAGAGGCUUAAUAAACGGUGUCUUGUUUCUUGAUCUCAAAAAGGCAUUCGAUACAGUCGACCACAAAAUCCUUCUUGCUAAACUCGAACUAUAUGGAGUUCAAGGUGUAGCCCUUAACUUCUUCAAAUCGUACUUAACCAACAGGAGUCAAUUAUGUACAGUCCAAGGUACAAAUUCCCAACUGAAAAAGAUAAAGUGCGGAGUCCCACAGGGAUCAAACUUAGGACCGUUAUUAUUCUCAUUGUAUAUAAACGAUCUUCCUAACUGUCUCGAACAAACAGAGGCAUCUAUGUUUGCAGAUGACACAAAUAUAUCAAGCAUUGGUAAUUCACCUGCGGACAUAGAAGUGAAACUAAACAAUGACUUGUAUAACGUCAAUAACUGGUUAAUAGCAAACAAGCUUACUUUAAACUUAAAAAAAACUGAAUUUAUGCUAAUAGCCUCUAAACGAAAAUUGAAACAUUUCUCUUAUGACCCAUGUAUACUGAUUGGUAAUCAUAACAUCAAACAG